UUAAUUUAUUAUAACCCCAACAAGUCUUCGCUUCUCCAGAAGGAGAAGUCUUUCUCUGUCUCCUUUCACCUCCCUCCUACCUCUGCUUCUUCUUCUUCUUCUUCUUAUUUUUCUUCUCAACGGGAACUGCUUCUCCCUCCCUCUUGACUCUGUUUGAGAUUCAGUUUCAGAGCUACUGAGUGAUGGGUGUGAGCUGCACCGGUUCGCACACUUCCCACAUAACAGAGAUCAUCAUCACUAGUUUUUUCCGCCAUAAGUCUUAGAUUAGUCUACUCAAAAACGAGAGAAGAAAUCAGGGUUUCGUUUGUUUUUCUGCUGAUUGGAAAACAGUAUUACAGUGAUGGCUGAUUCUUAAGUGAAAAAACUUCUUUUUCUCUCUCUCUCUCUCUGUUAACUCAUAUGGCGGGUGGGAAGAUCUAUAGCAGUGGUUCUGGUGGUUCUAAUAUCUCUGUUUUGAUUCAAAGUAAAAAGGGUCCUUCCUCCUCUGAAUCUCUUGAUCCUCUUUUCAUGUCUGUCUCCUCUACUUCUCCUUUUCUUGUAGGUUCAAGAUCCAUGAUGAGCUUUGAAGAUGUAAAGGGAGGAAAUGGAUCAAGCAGGUCGUUUUUCAGGGGUUACGAUCAGGACGAUAAUAUAGAAGAGGAGUUGGAAGAGUAUUUCCAACAACCUGAGAAGAAGAGGAGACUGAGGGUAGAUCAAGUUCAAUUUCUCGAGAAGAGUUUCGAGGUAGAGAACAAGCUUGAACCAGAAAGGAAAAUUCAGCUAGCCAAGGACCUUGGCCUGCAGCCCAGGCAGGUUGCUAUCUGGUUCCAGAAUCGCCGGGCUCGAUGGAAGACAAAGCAAUUAGAGAAGGAUUAUGAAGCUUUACAAACUAGUUAUAACACCCUUAAGACUGAUUACGAUAACCUUCUCAAAGAGAAGGACAAGCUUAAGACUCAAGUAAAUCUUCUGGUAGAGCAGUUGAUGGAGAGGGAGAAGGAGAAGGGGAAUUCAGAAUUGACAAACAUAAACUCAAGUUUUCAACAAGAUCUACCAGAAAAACCAGUUGCUGAAUCAAUUAAUUCAGAAGGUGAAAUAUCGAAGGCCUGUAAACAAGAAGAGAUUAGUUCAGCCAAGAGUGAUAUAUUUGAUUCAGACAGUCCACAUUACACAGAUGGUGUUCAUUUCGAGCCAGACCAGUCUGAUUUAUCCCAAGAUGAAGACGAUAACCUGAGCAAGACUCUCUUCCCUGCUUACAUUUGCUCAAAACUGGAUUAUUCCGACCCGCCCACAACUUCAUGUAACUUUGGAAUCCCAGUUGAAGAUCAAGAUCAUGCUUUCUGGUCAUGGUCUUAUUAAUAAACUUCUUCAUGGCUGCUACAUAUAAAUAUAUAUAUGUAUGUAUUUUGUGUAGUAAUUUAGCAGAUUGUUUUUGGCAGUUUAUAUAUAAAUAAGCAAAAUAAAGAUGGAAGGCCAAAUUCAAUGGUGGGUUCUGGUGAAGCUGGAAACCACUUUGUAAUCUUGUUUUGUUGGGAGUUUGAUUUUCUUGUUGCUUCACAUGUUAAUGUAUAUUGUAAUUUUGUUCUAUCUAGCACUGAAAAAGUUUCUUCUUCAAAUUUAAGAAUGGCAAAUGCAGAACAAUAAGAUA